GUCGACCUGCUCCAUUGUCAGGACCUGCGGCAGCGGCGCGGCGGCGAUGAACAGCAUGAACGGGUUUCCAGGCGUGUCUAGCCUGGUGGAGCAAUUGGACAAGCAACUGCUCGUCGUGUUGAGAGACGGCCGGCACCUCGUCGGUAUGCUUCGAAGCUUCGAUCAAUUUUCAAACAUCGUGCUUGAAGGCACGUGCGAACGCCACAUCGUAGGCAACACAUAUUGCGACAUACCGCUCGGGCUGUACAUCAUUCGGGGGGAGAACAUUGUGCUCAUGGGGGAACUGGACCCGGUGAAGGAAGCGGAGGGCGUGAACCUCGUGCAGAAGGACGCAGAAGAGGUCUUGACCGCUGAGAUGGAGCAAAACGAGCAGGGCGUGUCGACUGUGCGGGACGAGUGGAACUUUGACCGUCCACUGCAAUCGUAAAAUGCACCAGUCGUUCCGUCUCCACUUUGCGCACCAUGCUUCGAAUGAACGACGUGCCCUUGCAUUCCACCGCUGUAUGGCUCAAGAUCUGACGAACGAGCACA